GGUCUUUGAACAACAUUCUUUUUUGCAGUCUGACGACGAAUGGAAACUAGUUUUUAUAAUGGCAGCAAUGGUGCAUUACGUCGGCGUAGUUUUCUACGCACUCUUCGCGUCCGGCGAAUUACAACCAUGGGCCGAAAGCAAAUCUCUCGAAGACAAGCAAUGGAACCCUUACGACGCGGCCUUCGACGGUGAAAUUAAAAAGUCUUCAAGCGUACAAAGUAACGGUCUACUGCAACGUCGUCUAAGUGGCAAAAACGUCAAUUAUGGCACGGUAGAGCCACCUGCCCCGCCGAUAGUAUCCGCUGGAAAUCCGUUCGUGCAGAGCACAAAUCCCUUUCGGCAGGAAGCCGUACAGCCUGAACCACACGACUCUUACAUGCACGGAACUGUGGACGACAGGGAGUAUUAAUGUGGGCUUUGUAUAAAUUUAGAUUUAACUGUUUUAUUUUUUAUAACUUUACGGAAACAACAUUAUGUGCAUUAUUAUAAUAAUUAUAGGAUGAUUAGUCGCCUUUCGGGUUCCGAAUGCGGAACCUUAAAUUGUUUAUUACAAACAAAUCUGCAAUUGUUAGACAAGGCACUAUCAGAUGUAUAUUUAUAUAUAAAAAUAGAAUUGUCAAUUUAAUUGCGUUUACGUUUAAUUGUAUAUAAAAAGUUUAUAAUUACUCCGAUCAGUAUUAAGGGUAGAUAGGAAAAGAAUGGUUCAAGAGUUGUUAAAUUUAUUUCGUAACAAUACGCAAUAAAAUCUCAUAAAUAUAUAUUACGACAUAUCGUUUACGCUUUUCUUUAUUAAUUUCCUCGUGCAUUUCUGCUACUUGGAUGAUUGUUUCCUCUGAAAGUUUUUGAAAAAUUCGGUUUUCUGUAGAAUAGUUAGGUUAAUUAUGUAAUAUUGAGGUGGUUGUCACUCUCACGGCUGUGCUGACAAUAAUUGAGACGGGUACAAAGUACCAUGUCUGAUCGUUGAUAAUAAUCGAGAUAAUAAUUAGAAUAUUUUUGUGCAAAUGUAGACGGGCAAGUAUACGGUGUGUGCAAACGUAGUGCGUCAAUUGAAAAGCGGGGCGCGAAUUUGUCUCAUUCAAUAUCAUGUAAAUAUUACGUUUUCUCUAUGUGCACAUAAUACUUGUCAAAAAAUUAGGUUAUGUACAGUUAUAUCAUUGAAACACGUCAAUUGUACAUUAUUAAAAUUAGUAACGUGUAAAGAAUCGGUUGAGUUUAAUUUUCUUGUUUAUUUUAGGCAACAUCGUUUCCUCCGUCUUAUAUUUCUGUAUACUUCUCUCUAUCUUGGUCAAUAAAUCUCGUAGUUGUUGUUUAUUAAAUAGGCAAUACUUAGCGUAUAGGGAGAUGUCUUUCAUUUGAAUCGUAGAUGUACCUUUCUGUUAUUGUAAAAAUUGUGUUAAAGCGAAGUGUCAAAAGUAGGACAAUAGUGUAGAGGCAAUAAUUAUUUAAAAAAGAUACAAUGCAUUUCUUAAAUGUUUUUCUAGACUCUUACCAGAAUAAAAUGUUUAGUAAAUGUAUCAUUUUUAUUCUAUAUAAAGGGAAAAGAAUAUGUGUAUACCUACGAGCUCAACUUAUCUGUGUUUUGACUGGCCAUCGCGUAUAUAAUUAAUUGUUGAUAAUAUUAUAAACAUUUUUAUUGCUGUAUUGUUUUUGUUGUAACUAUGUAUACGUAUAGCGUAUUAAAUAAAAUUAUUGCAAUAACAAUA